UCGCCGACGGAGGAGCAGCUCGACCCGACCAACCCGGCCAGCGACGCGCUCAUCGAGCAGCGCAUCAUGGUCCGCUUCGAGCACUACGGCUGGUGCGUGGGCACGGUUACGGCCAAGGUGAACGACGGCCGGCGCACGAUCGAGCGUGACCGCGUCAACUUCGUCGCCAAGUUCGACGUUGACAACGGCGCGGCGACGGACCUCUCGCUCGAGUCGUCGAUGUACGACGGCUCGCCGUCGGCAGAGUACGAGUCGUGGCUGCUGUUCGAGCCUGUUCUGGCGCCGACGGAGGCGGCGGCCCUGGCAGCGGCGGCCGGCGGCGCAAUCGUCGCC